UGGAGCAGGGGAUAAAAAACAUCUCAUGGAAAAAUCCAUUGAAGUAACUAGUUUGUGCCUUUGCUGCCCAAUAAAGGGUGCAACGGGAUGAGUAAGAUGAAUCCACAGAUGAACAGGGGCACGUGGAGUGUUUUCAAGAAUUAAAAUGGGCUUUUCACUGGCUUUAAAUUUGUCCUGGUCCUUCAUUCUGUGGUCUUCUGCUCUUUUAUGGUAUGAUUUUCUAUUUAUGCAUUAAGGAAUAUUGUUGCAAUGUACCACUGUAGACAAAAGCUAUGUUCCCUGGCCUUAAGAUGUGUGUGGGGGGCUUUAAAAAUUCCUACAAAGGCCUUAUCGCAGGAACACAACAAGAUGUACAUGAUCAGCCCCUCAGACGACAGCAGCCAGCGAACUACGUUCUUUGUUUGUAAUCCUCCUGUGAGUAAUCCUAAUCCAUUUCAUCUUGCUUGCUUUUCUUGUCACAUGGAGAGGUUCAUAAAUCUUCUCAGAACAACCUACAGUAAAUAAACUGAAGGGUCGGCAAAGUGUAUAUAUUUAGUGGCCGAGAGGCACAACGGAAGGAAAAUGGACUCAUCCUCCAGGCAGCUCAGAGGAGAGCAACAAGCCCACAAAAGGAUGUUCAAGUCAUUUGGCCUCUGAUAAUAAUUUAUUCUAUUUGAAACUUUUCAAACCUUCUUGGAUAUGACUGGUUGAGAAUUAACAGCUGAUCCUAUAGAUGCAGAAAAACAGCUGGAAAAAAGAACCGUUGAAUGCCAAUCGACUUCCUGUCAAAACUUUGAAGGCUGAUAGAGCCUUCCAUAAAGCACUCAUCGGCAAUAAGGGGGAUUAUUGGGAGACUAUGGGAUGUGGUACUUCUGGACAAAACAACUUGUUGUCAGACUCAGAGAAAGGCCAUAUGUUGACAGAUGCAUCUUCCCAAGCCUUUAAAGCUGCUGUCCUGAUCCAAAGAUGGUACCGACGCUAUGUGGCCCGGCUCGAAAUGCGCCGAAGAUGCACAUGGCGCAUUUUUCAAUCCAUAGAGUACUCAGGAGAACAAGAUCAUCUCAAGCUCAACCAUUUCUUUGACUACCUUGUGGACCAGUUCAUGUCAAGCAACAGUAAAGACAGAGAUUUCAUUAACCGUGUUUUCUCAGAAAAUGAAAUCCCUAAAGAUCCCAAGCUGGACAAAGCCUGUAACUAUGAAGUAAUCCAGGUGCCGGAAUAUUACAAGGGGCCUCAUCUUUCCUUCCCUCUGUCACCGGAUGAUGCUACUGUCUUACUGGAUGCAUUCAAAAAAGAACAACAGCUCCAUGCGCGUUAUGUCCUAAAACUCUUUCAUGAGACGCUGAAGCAUCUCUCUCAGCUGCCGAACAUCAGCAAUGUCUCGACCUGCUACAGCGAGGAGAUCACCGUGUGUGGAGAUUUGCACGGCCAGUUGAAUGACCUGUUUCUGAUAUUUUACAAGAAUGGCCUUCCCUCUCCUCAGAAGAGAUAUGUGUUCAACGGUGACUUUGUGGACAGGGGCAAACAGUCCAUUGAGAUCUUGAUCAUUCUUUUUGCCUUCCUCUUGAUUUAUCCGAAGGAGGUCCACCUGAACCGAGGAAACCACGAGGACUAUAUGAUCAACUUACGCUAUGGGUUCACCAAGGAGGUCAUGCGCAAAUACAGGGAACAUGGGACUAAAAUACUGAAACUGCUCCGGCAUGUCUUCAGCAGCUUGCCAUUGGCCACUUUGAUAGAUCAGAAGGUUUUAAUUGUACAUGGAGGGGUGUCAGACAUGACUGAUUUGGAACAGCUGGCCCAGGUUGACCGGAGAAAGAUUUUCUCUUUGUUAACCCAGAGGAGAAAAAGUGAGAAAUUUCUGCGUCCCAAGGAAGUGGCUACUGCUGGUAUUUCUGAUGUUUCACAACAACCAAGUUUUUUCAAACGGGUGCAGCAGUCAGUUAUAGAUGAUCUGCAGUCAUGUCGCAGGCUGGCGGGCCUUGUCCAGAACAGAGGGUUAGAGACUUCUACCAGCACCCCCUUGGCCUCUGUGUCAGAGGUGGAUGUGAAAUCCUAUGAAUCUGUUGAAGUAGAGCAGAGUGAGAUCAAGCAGGUCAUCGAUAUUCUGUGGAGUGAUCCACACCCUCACGAAGGCUGCCGAAUGAAUGGAGAGCGCGGAGGGGGCUGUUACUUCGGCCCUGAUGUGACGGAGAAUAUUUUGCAGAAGCACGGCCUCCAGCUCCUCAUCCGCUCCCACGAGUGUAAGCCGGAGGGUUACGAGUUCUGCCACAACCGAAAGGUCAUCACCAUAUUUUCAGCUUCAAACUACUACGCCAUUGGCAGCAACAGAGGGGCCUACCUUAAACUGGGACCAGACCUAAUCCCUCAUUUUGUACAGUAUCAAGGCGGCAAAAUGGCAGCUCAGCUGACAAUGACACAAAGGAUCACCCGAGUAGAGGAGACGGCCUACCAAGCUUUAAGAGAGAGGAUGUUCGCUCACAGGUCAGACCUCAUCGCUGCUUUCAAGAGUAUUGAUAAAAAAAGAUCAGGUGUAAUCACGUUAAGUGACUGGGCCACAGCCGUCGAGUCGAUCCUCCAUUUAGGGUUGCCCUGGAGGAUGCUGCGGCCACAGCUGGUGCCACGCCUUGUCAGUGGGAAACUGGACUACAACUUAUGGCUGAAAGACAUCGCGAUGGAGCAGAAGUCAAUCAACCAGGAGCGCAUACAGUCGAGUUUACUGGAAACCAUUUACCGAAAUCUCGCCAACUUGGAGACUAUCUUCAAUAUCAUAGAUAGCGACCAUUCAGGAUUAAUCUCUUUUGAAGAGUUCCACCAGACCUGGAAGCUGUUCAGCACCCACAUGAAUAUUGAGAUCUCAGAGAGCAGCAUUUCCGACUUGGCUCGUAGCAUUGAUUUCAACAAAGAUGGAAACAUAGAUUUCAACGAGUUCCUCGAAGCCUUCCGCAUUUCCACACAUGCACAAACUGCUGACUAAGCCCACAUCUACGAGGUCAACCCACCUGGAAGAAGGUCACCUUUGGGACCACUUCGAAACCAGACUAAUGUUUUUUUCACCCCAAGAAUGUGCCUGUGACUCUGACGAAAAGAGCACUCUGUCACUGCAAAUCAGAGGUCAGAUGCUGGCUGGUCGCCCAUGCUGCCAUUCUGAACUGGACGGCUGCACCAUUUUCCAGUGUUGGCUUUUCAAUACAAGGAGUUAGCAUAGCUUUCUUCUACAGCAGAAUUCAAGGACUUUGGUGUUGGGCUGCAUUCCCUUUUAAACAUCGUCUUCAGUUUUAAAACACGUUGAAGAAUAAAUACAGAUGUAUGAAAUGCUUCUUUGUAGGGAGUUUUUUUGGUCAUAAAUCCACAUUGUGGUCAGCUAGGAUCCACCAAACCUGGAUAUGAAGUUGGUUUAUUAACCAGAGUUAGCCUUAACUAUGUUUUUUUUUGCAAUAUACCAACACAGAUGUUCUGGUUUAAUCCUGGGUUCUUCCCCAGUGAAGCACCCCCAGGCUAGGAGGUGGCAAGGAAACCAUUAUUUAUUGGGGCUAACCAGACUGUGAGCUGAGUGCUAGUUUGUCAAAAUCACCUUAGUUAAAACAGACCUAGUGGCCAAACCAUUAAACUGCCAGUGGUUUCUUUCCACCUUGUUUAUGGCAUUUAUAUACCACUUUUCAAUGAUGUAGGAGCAGUAAUGGUUAACACAAUGUACAAAUCCAAAUACUGAUCCAUUCCACAUGCACAUGAAUCUUGCCUUAUACUGAAUCAGGCUGUUGAUCCAUCAAGAUCCAUUGUCUACUCAGACAGGCAGCUGUUCUCUAUGGUCUUCUUAAGUGGAGGCCAUUCACAUCACCUGCUAUCUGAUCCUUAACUGGAUAGGUUGGGGAUUGAACCUGGGACCUUCUGCAUGCCAAGCAGAUGUUCUGUCACAGAGCCACAGCCCACCCCCAACGUACGAUUAGGCUUCUUUCCAGCAUAUGGAAGCUCUCAUCUGUGGAAGGCUCACUUCCCCAGAGGAAGAAACUAUGAUGAGCAAAAUGGAUCCAAGAUUCAACCCAAAAUUUCCCAUGCAGAAAGCAUCAUUAUUUACCCUGCAUCCUUGUCUGGAUGGCCCUGCACUUCUGAUUGAUCAGCCUGAAUCAGUAGCCAAGAUGGACCAUUUGGGGACAUUAGAAUCUCCCACCUUUCACAGAAGUACUUCUUAGCCCUGCACACAUAACAAGACGUCUGCUCUCUCUCCAAAUGCAGCACCCAGCUGAUGUGCCCUCAAACGAGACUGGUCCGUACCCUUGCCUAGCAAGUUUCCUCUUCAAUGACUCACCAUGUGUUUGGCUUCCUAAUGUACAGCUUAUUUUCUUUUAGUGUUUCACAAGCUGAAAGCUUGGACGUUUGAUGUCUUCUUUGCACCCCCGCCCCAAAUGACCAGAUAUGGAAAGUGAACCUGUUGCCUCAUCUUGCAAAAAUCUGUCCUGCAGUUGAAUUCUGCAGCAUGCUCUUUUUAUUAAACAAAAAAUGGAAGGGUUGCAGUCAAAAACUUGCAAACAGAUGGAGAGAGGAGAGGCAAGGGCAAAGCAGACUGUACUGGAAUGUGAAGGGUAUUAAAAGCAGAACAAACUAGUUUAUUCCUCAGUCUUUGUUAUUCUUGCAGGCGGUGAGUUGGGGAGGACUUUAUCCCAGCUGGGUAUCAUUUUUCAACUCACUGCCUGCAAGAACAACAAAGACUGAGGAAUAAAUACUGGUUAAUGGGACUGCAGUAUCUGCGUGAUUGACUGUUUUGACUGUCUUAUCUGUGGAUGGACUUUUUUCCUCACUUUGUCUUUUGUUAUAUCUUAGGCACCUACUCAUUUAUUGUUUGUGAGUCCAGGGA